AUGGGGUUUGUGGUUUCUGUGUCUCCUCUCGACCCUUCAAAAACACCGUACAUCAUCACAAUCGCCCUCCUUUCCUUAGUACUGGGCAGCUCGAGGGAAACCCCUGAGUACACGGGCUCUCCUUCAGACUGCCGGCUCGUGAUCCGCGAGAUCCGGUCACAGCCCAAAGACCGCAUCUUCUCGCUGUACUCUGGACUCUGCGUUGUCUUCACGCAUGGGGCAUGCCAGGCAAAGCUGUGCGCGGUCGAGUACCUCCCGCGACCUGUGAACCAGAGUGCGCGGUGGAUGGCUGAUGUCUUGGAGGUGCCGCUACUUGGAGAGUGCAUCGAGCAUAGCAGGGAGGGUGUUGCGGGUGACAGCGAUGUCAUUAAUGGGGACAGUGGGAGCUACCGGCUGUGGAUAGGCAGCGUGUCUUGA